GGCGGCGGCGGCGGCAGUCCUCAUCCCGGUGGCCCAGCGCUAGAGCGGACGCGGGGCUUCGCAAAUGGCUUGUCCCGCCCUCAAUCUGGAAGCUCUUCAGCCUCUGCAGCCCGAGCCGCCCCCCGAGCCGGCCUUCUCUGAGGCGCAGAAGUGGAUCGAGCAAGUGACUGGCAGAAGUUUUGGUGAUAAAGAUUUUCGGUCAGGGUUAGAAAAUGGAACCCUCCUCUGCGAGUUGCUGAAUGCUAUAAAGCCCGGACUUGUUAAAAAGAUCAAUAGAUUGCCUACCCCCAUUGCAGGAUUGGACAAUAUUAUCUUAUUCUUGAGAGGUUGUAAAGAGCUGGGCCUUAAAGAAUCUCAACUUUUUGACCCAAGUGACCUCCAGGAUACAUCAAACAGAGUAGCGGUCAAGAGCCUUGAUUAUAGCAGAAAACUGAGAAAUGUAUUAGUUACCAUUUACUGGCUGGGGAAAGUAGCAAAUAGCUGUGCAUCUUAUAGUGGAACUACACUGAACCUGAAGGAAUUUGAAGGAUUGUUGGCUCAGAUGAGAAAGGAGACUGAUGACACUGAGAGUCCUAAGCGUAGUAUCCGAGACAGUGGCUACAUCGACUGCUGGGAUUCCGAACGCAGCGACUCCCUCUCUCCUCCUCGGCACGGCAGAGAUGAUUCCUUCGACAGCCUGGAUUCCUUUGGCUCCCGUUCCCGGCAAACACCUUCCCCAGAUGUAGUGCUCAGGGGAAGCAGUGAUGGGAGAGGAAGCGACUCUGAGUCCGACUUGCCUCAUCGGAAGCUACCAGAUGUGAAGAAGGAUGAUAUGUCUGCACGGCGGACUUCCCACGGUGAGCCGAAAUCAGCAGUGCCUUUUAACCAGUACCUCCCCAACAAAAGCAACCAGACAGCCUACGUCCCCGCACCUCUGAGAAAGAAGAAAGCAGAGCGAGAGGAGUACAGAAAGAGCUGGAGUACUGCCACCUCCCCCCUGGGCGGGGAGAGGCCCUUCAGAUACGGUCCGAGAACUCCUGUGUCUGAUGACGCAGAGAGCACAAGUAUGUUUGACAUGCGGUGUGAGGAGGAGGCUGUGGUGCAGCCACACAGCAGGGCCCGCCAGGAGCAGCUGCAGCUGAUAAAUAACCAGCUGAGGGAAGAAGAUGACAAGUGGCAAGACGACCUGGCUCGAUGGAAGAGCCGCAGAAGAAGUGCUUCUCAGGACUUAAUCAAGAAAGAGGAAGAAAGGAAAAAAAUGGAGAAGUUACUGGCUGGUGAAGAUGGAACAAGAGAACGAAGGAAAAGCAUCAAAACCUACAGAGAAAUUGUUCAAGAAAAAGAACGGAGAGAGAGAGAGUUGCAUGAGGCAUAUAAGAAUGCUCGGUCCCAGGAGGAGGCAGAGGGGAUCCUUCAGCAGUACAUUGAGAGAUUCACCAUCAGCGAGGCUGUUCUUGAACGCUUGGAGAUGCCAAAAAUUCUGGAAAGAAGCCAUUCAACAGAGCCAAACUUAUCCUCCUUCUCAAACGACCCCAACCCCAUGAAAUACCUGCGGCAACAGUCACUGCCUCCACCCAAAUUCACUGCCACUGUUGAAACCACCAUCGCUCGUGCCAGUGCUCUGGAUACCAGCAUGUCAGCAGGCAGUGGGUCUCCAAGCAAAACUGUCAGUCCCAAAGCAGUGCCUAUGCUGACACCCAAGCCUUACACCCAGCCCAAAAGCUCUCAAGAGGUUCUGAAGACCUUUAAGGUAGAUGGGAAAGUCAGCGUGAAUGGAGAAAUGGCUCAUGGAGACGAGGAGGAGAAAGAAAGAGAGUGUCUCACAGAGGCAUUUGCCCCCUCCUUACCCAAAUCCCAGAUGUCUGAAGGUGUGGCCAGAGUGCAUGGGUCGCCUGUGGAGUUAAAACAAGACAACAAUGGCAUUGAGAUCAACAUAAGGAAGCCAAAUUCUGUUCCCCAGGAACUGACAGCAACCACUGAGGAAUCUCAACCAGUCAGUCAGGAGGAUGAGAAUAAUGGUGGAAAGCCAGGAAAAGGGAAUACAGAAUUUGCCUCAUCAGAGCCACAGCAUUUUACGACAACUGUGACUCGAUCCAGCCCAACUGUGGCCUUUGUGGAGUUUUCCUCCAGCCCCCAGCUAAAAAACAACGUGCCAGAAGAAAAAGAUCAGAAGAAACUGGAAGAUGAGAUGAGUGGAAAGGUGGAGUUGGUGCUGUCACAAAAGGUAGUAAAGCCAAAAUCUCCAGAACCAGAAGCAACCCUGAUGUUUCCAUUUCUGGACAAAAUGCCUGAAACCAACCAACUACAUUUGCCAAAUCUUGAUUCUCAAGUGGGUUCUCCAAGCAGUGAAAAGUCACCUGUAACUACACCUCAGUUUAAAUUCUGGGCAUGGGACCCGGAAGAGGAACGCAAGCGACAGGAAAAAUGGCAACAGGAGCAGGAACGUUUGCUGCAGGAAAGAUACCAGAAGGAGCAGGACAAGCUGAAAGAAGAAUGGGAAAAGGCCCAAAAGGAGGUGGAAGAGGAAGAACGCAGAUACUAUGAAGAGGAACGCAAGAUAAUUGAAGACACGGUGGUUCCCUUUAUUUCCUCAAGUUCUGCAGACCAGCUGUCAACAUCCUCCUCUAUAACUGAAGGCAGUGGGACAGUGAAUAAGAUGGACUUGGACUGUCGAGAAGAAGAAGAGAGAAAACAGAAGAAACCAUUCCAGGGGGAUGAUAAUGACUUAUUGCUUAAAAACAGGGAAAGCGAUCCACUGGAGGAAAAGAGGAGCCAAACUCCAGGGACCCUGGCUCAAUCUGAGAACCCUGUACCAAAAGGAAUCCAUCAGGACCAGCCUCUGGAAACAGAAGCUGGAGCUGCGCACUGUGAGAUUAACCCACAGCUAUCUCAGGAUCCAUCCAGGAAUCAGCAGGUAUUAAACCCACCUACGCACAUGUCAGGAGAUGUGAAGCCAAAAACCCUGCCACUGGAUAAAAACAUUAACCAUCAGAUUGAGUCUCCAAGUGAAAGGCGGAAGACAAGCCCUCAAGAGAAUUUCAAGGCUGGACACUUGUCCCCUUGCUCUCCCACUCCUCCUGGCCAGUCACCAAACAGGUCUAUAAGUGGGAAAAAGCUGUGCUCUUCCUGUGGCCUGCCUUUGGGUAAAGGAGCUGCUAUGAUCAUCGAGACCCUUAAUCUCUAUUUUCACAUCCAGUGCUUCAGGUGUGGAAUUUGUAAAGGACAGCUUGGCGAUGCAGUGAGUGGGACGGAUGUUAGAAUUCGAAAUGGACUUCUAAAUUGUAAUGAUUGCUACAUGCGAUCCAGAAGUGCUGGCCAACCUACAACAUUGUGAUGUGGUCUUCAAGUAUCCCGAUCAUUCACCAUUUGUUUAUUGAGGGUGUCCCUGGCAAUCAUCUAACAAAAUCCCAAGUUCGGGGGCUCCCCAGCAUUCAUCUAAUUUCAGAACGGCUAUUCUAAAAGAUGGUGUCUGUUCUUUCAUAGCACAGCAUUUGUGUUUUACUUUUUUUGUUUGUUUUUGCAUUUGCACAUAUAUAAAAGAGAAUAUUGGAUUGUCAUGAUCCUGAAUAGCUCAAAGAGGGUCUUAGCAUGGUCAAGCAGGCUUAUGGUUUAAAAUGUGUUACUCUCUUCUUUGGGACUUAAUUACAUAAGUGAGACAAUAAACCUGUUUUGUGUUAGUAUUUCUAGGAAUUAAACAUUCUUUGUUUACAGAGUGGAGCUGCAGAAAGUGCGAGACAUGCCAAUUUGAGAUGUGGUCUUCUAAAAUAGGAGCAUAAGAUUAACGCAUUUCAGGAACUAAACAUCACAGUGAGCUCUCUGAGCUAUAACUUGUUUUAAUGCAAGGACAAUAGUCUGAUAAUAUAUACUGUAAUCCGGAAACACUUGUGUUACUUAUCUUUUGAGGGGAGAAGUUUUAUCAAUAAAUUAUUGCACAAUUAGUAUUAGAUUUUGUGUAUCUUGGAAGUUAUGUCAUUAAUAUAGGCUGUUCCAUCAAAUAAAGAGAACCUUUGCAAUAUCUGCUAGACUUACACUCUGGGACAUUGCCCAAAGGUAGGAAAACAUCAGAGGGAAAUACUUCAAUCAUCAUUUCCAAAGUUAUUACCAAAAUCUGUGAGGUAGUUUAAUCUUCAGAAGAGUGGGGGGUCAGAGCCCAGAGGUCUGUGUGGCUUGCUUUUCUUCAGGCACUAGAUUAGAAGUCCUCAGUAAGAGUCUUUAUUAGGCUAUGGAAAAUCGCAUCGAGAUAAAUCCAUCAUUAGGAGUAACCACUUGCCUCCAAGUUCUCCUUGAGAGCCUGAAGCUCAAGUGUCUAGAUAAAAACAUUAAGUCCAUCCAGAAUAGAAUCCAAAAUGACAUAAUGAUCUGAAAAGCCACUGGUGUGUGAUCAACAAGAACCUAUCGCUGCAAUCGUGCCCUGCCCACUCCAAUGGAUAGAUGCUCUCCUGCAUUCUUCGUCACCACCUCUCUUCACCACCCAACAUCCUGGAUCCUGCUCGUGGAGCAGUUUAGAGAGGGUCCCUCACUGAGAGCUUGUUUGUUUCCUGCCCUGUGUGAUGAGUUUCAGCUGGCCAAGAAAGGAGUCAAGUUACUAAAACAGCAUCACGUUUCAGGUCUCCAGGCUGUUUUCUUUAAGACUGGGGAAAGAGGCGCUUAUUUAUUUUGCCUUAAAAACGAUGGCAUAUAAGUGAAGAUAACAUGAUAUGAAUGUAGACUAUGGAGACACUCGUUAUAGGUUAAUGUAGUCAUAAAAGGAGAUCAAGUAGAUGCUUUUCUGUUAUGUAAGCAAUGUUUUCCUGUGUCUUCCUGAGUAUGACUAGCAAUUAUUUAUUUACGUGUAAGAUGGCUCUUUGCAUGCAGGUUCUAUAUAAGUGCAGACAUUUCCUCAGCCUCUGGAGGUUUUUGACCAUAUUGUCAUUCGGGUGAGCUGUUGUGAGAUUGAAAUUUACACAUCAUUUCUUAAAAAUUGUGCCUUAGAAAAUGCAAAGCUGUUGCACAUAGUUAGUGAUGAAUUAUGGAUGCAGUACAUUGAUGAGAGAUGAAGUCACUUCCAAGUUCCCAAGACUUCUCAUGGAGGUCUUUGCUGUUUUACAUGAAAAAAAAAAUUAACAAGAAAAAGAAAGUUUUGAAAAUGUACAGAUCAAGUCCAAUAUUUUGAUUAACCACCUGCAUGUUUUAUUAAACAUUUUGAUAAUGUGGAUGUUUACACUUUGCAUGGUAUAUUAGCGGAGUACUUUACCACACAUAGUGCACACACAAAACAUGUACAAUAUGAUCAUUCAUAACCAAUUUUUAUAGAAUACUUUUUACAUGUGGAACUCCAUCCGUUAUGUAAGGACUGUAUGACUAUUGCACAUUCUCUUCUGGUUUCACAGACUCAUUUAUACAUAUUUCUUAGUGAGACUCACUGUACAUGUACUGAAGCUAGAAUCGAGUCACGAAAAAUAAAGCCCCAUUCUCCAACUGCAAAAUGUGCUUUCCCAUAAUGAACACCAGCCACCAGCACAGAAUAAUCUCCAACAUUUUCUAAAUUCUUAUUGCCAACUGUUUCUAUUUCUAUUUGAUUUAUAUUUCAUUUGGAGUCUGUUACAUGGCAGCUUCAGCAGACUAGAUCUUGUUUUUCCCAAUGCAACAUAAUGCUUAUGAUCUAUUUCUUUUCAAAUAAUCUUUGCGAUCCCAGUGGGGGGGUGCUCUACUCUGUUGAGCUAUAAUGUAAAUGUGUUUGAAAAAAAAAAAAUGGACAGGGCAAGUGAAUGAUUUAUUGUUCCUGAGGAAGUAUAUCUGAUUUUUUUCCUCAUACUCCAAUGCUAGUCCUAUUCUUUCUUAAGAAAACGUGGGUAAUACUUUGUUUUUCAUUAGCAAACUUUAUGACAUUUCCUCAUUCUUUCUAUGUAGUGUUAUUAAUGCAAUACGUAUUCUAGUUAUCUAUAGUGUUAAGAUUUAACAAACUGAAAGGAUCCACCUCCUAUAUGAGUCCGUCCAAACUAUGUUACUGUUAUGGGUAAGCCAAUGUUCUAUAUCAGUUACACUAACCUUCAUUUACAAUAUUUAUUCUCAAAUGCCUCUGAGAAAUAGUAAAAAAAAAUAAAAAUAAAAAGUUGUCUAAAAUGCAACAGCUUUUAUAGUAAAUGUACAUUUAUAAAUAAAAUACUCAAAUCAA